CUUUCGAUUGGUGAAAUAUCAAGAUAUAGAAUAAAAUUUGAUCAACCUAUUAAUAAUUCUUUGCCUCCUAUUCAUAAUCUAAUUAUUAAAAUAACCAAUAAAACUCCAUUAAUUUAUCGUGGAGCAGUUUUAUCAGGACCUUAUAAUUUAUCAGCAUCUGUUGUCUCGACAGAUUAUGUUAAAAAGAAACAAAUCCUUGACUCUAUUCCUAAUUGUAAGCCAAGUAUUAGUUGUGGGGAAUCAUGGAAAUUAACUUUAACAAUUCCUUCAAAUAGUAUUGGAGAUUGGACUAUAGAAAUAAUUAGCGAAAUAUUAUUUUCUAUUACUAGAAUUAAAUAUAAAAUUAGCUUGUUUGCUAUUAUACCAAAAAAUGUUGAUAAAACUGAUAAUUAUUCUUCUUUAAUUACUCAUGAAUUUUAUAAAACAAUUGAUAUUUUUAGAUUACCUGACCUCUCAAUUUUAGAUUCUAAAAACGAUAUUCAUCUUGUAGUGUUAACACAUGGACUUAAUGGUUCAAUCCUGGAUGAAUUAUAUUUAAGGGAAACUAUUCAAGAAAG